AUGAAUAAAAAUGCUCUAGCUGGAACUUUUCAAGCAAAUUUAAAUAAUUUAGGUGGUAGAGCAUAAAUUUUGGAACAAAUGUUCAAUCAUAAGUCAGGUAUAGUUCAUGCAAAGCCUGCUAUCGAUAACUCUGAACCCUUUAGGUUUUAUAAUGAACUUAAUAUUUCUCAAUCAGUUUAAUCAAAUAAAAAGCACUCUCCUUUAAGUAGUAGCAGCAGCAACAAAAUAAGAAAUAAAAAUUUGAAGUUGAAUUCUUCAAUUCAAUAGCUUAUAUAAAAUUAAAAAAAGGCGCUACAUACAGAUUAAAAUAUAUAUACAGACUGUUCAGAUUAUAAUCCUUAUCAUUUAGAUUCUUGUGCUACCCUUCGUAAAAAUAGUGCAAGUAUACAUUUAGAGUCAAAAGAAAAGCUUAAAAGUAAUACUAGCUGCUUAUAUAAUAUAAUAAAGAGUGCACAUGUUUCUCCAAUUCGAAGAGGCAGGGAGUAGUUACAAAAUGAUAUCAAUCAUUAAUUGAAUUUACAAUCAUAGAAAAAGAGAAUAUAAAAUAUAGGCUCUUUAAAUGAGAGAAAAAAGAAUUAAAAUGAUGCUACAGUCUAUCCAUCUCUAAUACAAAGAGCUUAGCGAUCUACUACUCUGGUUGACUAUUAUGAUACUAGAAUUUUAAAGAAUCCUAGUAAUGAAAGCAUAAGAGAAGAAAAUAGGGAUAAAAAAGAGAAAAAGAAAAGAAAAAAAAGUAAGCGUAAAACUUCUAAAAAAAGUAAAAAAGAAAGAUAACAUAACAGUAGCUUUGAAUUAAAUGAUAAUGAUAAUAAAUUAAUUAGAAUUAAUUCUAACAGCCCUUCUAAAUCUUAAUCAUAAAAUGCAAGCAAUUUUCAUAUAGCCCCUCGUUAAAAAAGUGUUUUCAAUAACCCAUAUAAUCCAAACAGAGACUAAUUUAAAUAAAAUUAUUUAUAAAAUACCCUAAGCUAGAUAAAUCCAUUCUCUCCUUCUUUAACCUAAUAGUCUUCUUAGUCUUUUCUAUUUCACAGUAUAAAUAUGAGUCGUGAUUAUGAAAUAUUUGAUUAUGUCCAUGAUAUACCAUUUGUAAGAACAUUUAAUUAUGACGAAUUAAGAAUUAGAUUAGUCAAUAUUAUUAUUAAAUAUUAAAUAUUUUCUGAUGAUGAGUUGAAUGAUUUAUUUGCUAAAACUUAACUUAAAAAUAAUCACUUGGAUAACACAAAAUUAAACUAAAUAUUCGAUUAAAUAGGUAAAGAUAUAAUUAAACGUAUAAAUCAAGAUAAAUGA